UCUUCUUAUACGUCGUCGUCUCGACGCCUCAGUCUCUAAUGAUCACACUAGAACGGAAAAAGCACUAUCUUUUCCAUUGUUAUUGCGGCUCAGCACAAAAAUCCAUAAUCCUCAACCUUCGAAUAUGACGGAGGUGGCGAGCACGGUGGUGCACGAUGUCAUAGGGCGGCGCAUCCAAGACGUGGACCAGCCAAUUGUUGACUAUAUCGUCAACGUCCUCGCCGAUGAGGACUUCGAUUUUGGUGUCGACGGAGAGGGCGCCUUUGAAGCCCUAGGCGAACUUCUUGUCGAUUCGGGCUGUGUCACCGACGACUCUGAAUGCCGAUCGGUGUGUAGUAAAAUCUCUGAGAAAUUUGGGAAGCAUGGGUUGGUGAAAGAAAAACCAACAGUAAGAAGCCUUUUGGCACCAUUGAGAAUGUAUGAUGGAAUGGAUGAAGAGGAAGCACCAAAGAAGAAGCCAGAGCCAGUGGAUGGUCCUUUAUUGACUGAGCGUGACAAGAUGAAGCUGGAAAGGAGGAAGAGGAAAGAGGAUCGCCAGAGAGAGGCACAAUACCAAAACCACUUAGAGGAGAUGGAAGCAGUCAAAGCUGGAAUGCCUGCUAUACGUGUAAAUCAUGACCAUAGUGAUGGACCGGCUGUUAGGGAUAUUCACAUGGAGAAUUUCAAUAUAUCCGUUGGUGGUCGUGAUCUUAUUGUUGAUGGUUGCGUCACACUAUCUUAUGGAAGACACUACGGUUGGUUUGAUUUUUAUUUUAGCUAUGAUCUAUAAGUUUACCUAGCCCUG